UUCCCUUCCAUCUCUCCCUUCUUCUCUGCUCUCCCUGGUCCAUUCCAGUCCUCUCCUCUCCUCCCGGCGGUCGUGAGUGUGUUUUUUGGGUGAGCCAUGUGUUGUUCGGUGGGUUUCGCCAGGUCUCUGGGUCUGGCCCUGCUGCCUCUGGCCCUCUGCUGUAUCCUGGCCAACCUGCUGCUGCUGUUUCCAAUGGGAGAAAUCACGUACAUUGAGCAGAACCGGCUGGCCAGCUACAUCUGGUACUUUGGUGGACUAGGAGGAGGGGGACUUUUGAUGCUGGUUCCAGCUGUGGUCUUCAUCACUUUGGGGAAAUGUAGCUGCUGCUGGAAUGAGAGCUUAAUGAUGUGCGGGUCGGUGUUGGCAGCUGUGAUCGGCCUGGUGGGAUCUGGAUACUGUUUCGUUGUAUCAGGGUUCGCCUUGCUGCAGGGUCCACUGUGCUUCACCUCUUUUGGAUGGUCGUACCCGUUUGCAGACCAGGGCGGCAGGUAUCUCUUACAACCGGAGACUUGGUCGCAGUGCCUUCAGCCGGUUCAUAUCGUCGAGUGGAACGUGACUCUGCUGUGUGUGCUACUGGGCCUGGCUGUGCUGGAGUUCAUCAUCUGUCUCUUACAGCUGGGAAACGGUUUAGUCAACGCCGUGUGCCGGCCCUGUUGCUAUAAGCAGGAGUAUAGUCUCAAUGCUUAGAUAAACACACCUGUAUAUGUAGACUCACCUGCAGAGCCUGUGCUCACAUAGAAAGCCACACACCCAACUUGUAUGCAAACACACAGGACAUUAAUGGCCGCAUGCAUGCACCAAAGUCUGCACACACGGCCUCAUUGCUCGGCACUGUGUGUGUGUGUGUGAGUACAGCCUUCAUUCUUAGACACACUUACAUAUGCAGGAUCAUGGACACCCGACAGCCACAGAGCAACCGCUGCAUUUUCAAGCUUUUAAUUGUAACUGUUAAAGUGGCAGCAAUCCCCCUGCAGUCACUGAUGAUGACAAGCUUUUCUGGUGAAGCUUGUUUCAAGAUUUCAAAGCCAACAGGUCAUUAGUCCCCAAUAAUGUGGAUGAGUAUGUGUGCGUCUCUGUGUGUGUGUGUGUGUGUGUGUGUGUGUGUUUGUUUCCAUAGAAAAGGAUGCAGUUUACUUUGUUAAUUUUUCCACCUCAUGAUAAGAGGCCAAGCAAGGCAACAUGUACAAACAGUAAAGACACAGCAGGUGUCCUUGACAAUAACAUAAUAAUAAUAAUAUGCAGCGUAGUAAUAGUUACAGUAAUUGUGCAGUUGUUACAUAACACUCAAUGAAACAUAGAAAACAGAAACAUUCAUGUGCAGUAUUUUCUGUUUAAAGACGAUAAAGACAACAACAAACAACUUUUCAUGUCAUAAAAUCCUUAAUGUCAAUGUCACUCACUUCUCUUUAUUAUCAUUAUUUACUUCAUAAACCCAACAACUACUUUAAAGUCCUUUUUGUAUAGACAGAUGACAUUCCAAUUCAAAUCAGUGUCAUCACACUUACUUAGUGCAAGAUGGCAGACUGUUUUAUAAUGUUGGAAAUGAGAGAAGCUUUGUGGAAUUGUUGAUGGAUUAUCCUGAUGCACCAAAAGUCUCAGUUUCUGUCCAGUUUUAUUCUUCUGGGUCUAACACGUUUACACUGUGUUGGCUCAUUCGAGGAUUAUGAGCAGAUAUUUGUGUGCAUGUGUGUAUAUUUGUUUUCAUUUUCCAAACAUUUUGUUGUAAAUUGUAUCGGUUGCAUCUUCCAGAUGUUAGAUCAGUGUUUCAGUGACAUUUCAUAUAUAUAUUUUAGUUAUGUAUUUUUAUAAUGUAUGUUUGUUUGUGCUGCCUUGAAUAAUAAAAAAAAGGUUUCUGAA